UUCUGUUGAAGAGUCGUACGGACUCGAAACGUUAACUGUGUGCCCCUCCGCAGAUGCUAGCAGACCUGCAGAGUUUUUCCAGCAAUACAGCUCACUGCAGUUUUAAAGAUAGCAUGAGAAAAAUCUACUGAAGAAGGAAACAAUGACAAGUGAAACAAUGGUACAGAAUCAGCAAUUAGAAGACAAAAAUAUAGAGACCAUCAGUAGGAUCACAACUGAUUAUGAUGCAUCUUUGCAAGAGAUCACACCCAAAGUGGAUGCACUGCGAAUUUUGGAACCUAUUAGAAAAAAGCUUGCAUCAAUUGAAGCAGAGCGGAUUAUUUCUGUAAUUGAAAGUACUAUUAAGAAAAUAGAAAUAGUCACUUUGAUUCCUCAUAUAGUUGCCAACCUGGACAGGUUCAAUGUUGCUAUUGGUUUAGAGUUGACAUGUGCUCUAAGGGAGCAUAACAGACUAGAGCAACAUCUGAAUUUUGCUGUUGGCAAACUGCUCAAAGAAAACUAUCCUGUAGAGGAAAAUGAGAAUGCAAUACACAAAGUAAAAAUCAAAGAGAAAAAGCUAGAUGUUAAAACCAUUCAGCAGGCCUUUGGAAGCUCAGUUAAAAACGUCCUUCGACUCUUUCAGGGAAAUCCCUCAGCAUAUCAAAUAAUCCAAACAGAAUGUCAAACCCGAAAUCACAUCUGUGUAGAUCUCAUUCUGUUGCUAAUGGAACUGAGAGACUUUGUGUUUGAGAGACUUCUGAUAACACCCACUGAAGAGAAAGAAAAGUUUGAAUUUGUGCAAAAAAUCAUUAACCAAGAUAAGCAAAACACAGAAAUUAUUGCAACUUUGGAGGCCGAACUGGCAGCAGCCAUCCAAGAUAAAGAAAAUGAGAUGUUGAAGAAGAGCGAGAUAAUUCGGAAGCUCAAAACCAACUUGCUUCAACUUGACUUGUUCUCGGAAGAUUACAUUCGUCAGGUUAAACAAGAUGCAGAAAAACAACAGCUAACUGAUCAGAGAGAUUCAGAAGGAAGAAUUGCCAAAUACCAAGAAGAAAUGUCUCAGCUCCGAACUCAGUUGAACAACUCGAUAAUAGAACACAGAGCAUCUGAAGUAGCUUUAAGAAAGCGAAAAUACAAAAUUGAAACUGAGAUUGAAAACUGGAUACAGAAGUAUGAUGCUGACCUACAAGAAAAACAGGAUGAAUAUGAGCACCUCCUUAAAAUACAUACUGACGAAGCAGUUCUGCUGUUCGAACUAGAACAAAAGAUGAAUAUGCUUGAACCAGAAUAUUCUCAGAUUGUGGAAGAAAGAAAGAUUAAGGCAGAGGAAAAAAAGGCUAAAGAGCAGCAAGCAUACCUCAUGGGAAAAGCAGCUGUCACAAUCCAGUCUUUCUGGAAAGGUUACAAAGUGCGCCAAUUGAUGAAAGCAUUGAAGAAAAAGAAAAAGGGAAAAGGCAAAAAGAAAAAAUGAAGACAGUAAGGAGAUUCAAGAGCAGAAUUAAAAAAUGUGAAAAAAUAAAAGCAUGUAUCCUCCCAAGUUUUUUUUGUAUACCAUUGAAACACUUUUCUUAUUGUUACUGUAUACAUUUAAAUAACGCAUCCUAUAUCCUUCAAAAAUUAAAAUAUGUCUUCAACUUUCCUUGUUGUGUAUCAGCAUAUCUGAUAGUUACCUCAGUCAUUGAUUAAAUGGUGCCUUUUUCUCUCAAA